AUGGCAGAAAACAAUCAACUCGCUCCAAGGACGUUGGGGGAUUACAUGACCCCAGCUCGAGUUCCACAGACAGCGAGCAUUGUUAGACCAAACAUAGAGGCUAACAACUUUGAGCUGAAGCCGGCACUGCUGCAACUGAUUCAAAAAGAACAGUUCGCUGGAGGAAGCACAGAGAACCCCUAUAGUCAUCUUGAUGAUUUCUUACUUUACUGUGAUACAUUAAAGGUGAAUGGAGUUUCUCGUGACGCUAUCUUGCUUAGGCUAUUUCCAUGCUCACUGAAGGAUGAAGUAAGAGAUUGGCUGCAGUCUCAACCUGAAGGAAGCAUAACCAGUUGGGAUGACUUAGCAAGAAAAUUCUUGGCUAGAUUUUUUUCAGCUUCAAAGAUGGCAAGGCUCAAGGCGGAGAUCACUGCUUUAGAACAAAAGGAAAGCGAAUCUUUGUACGAGGCUUGGGAACGAUUCAAGGGAUCACUCAGGAAGUGUCCUCAACAUGGAAUUGAAGCAUGGGAGAAAGCUUAUGCAACUGAGGAUUGUGACUACAUACGAAAAAUUGAAAAGCCACCAGCGGAGUUGAACCCUCCUAUGCCAUUGCAACAGCAACCUCAGGGCACCACUUCAAAAUGGGAAAAGGCUUUUGCACAGCUGUCAAAGACCACAUUCGACUACAUUCAAAAUGCAGAUGCCUUCAGAGAUAAAACAAGAGCUUCAUUCCGGAAUCAAGAAGCUUCGAUCCGGAACUUGGAGACUCAAAUUGGUCAGCUGUCAAGACAGUUCACUGAAAGAACUCAGGGCACCUUUCCAAGUAACACCGACACGAACCCAAAAGCACAAUGUAAUUCAAUUGUUACUAGAAGUGGGAUCGUGAUUCAGCCUGUGGAAAAGCCACCCGUUGAAAAGAAGAAAGAAGCUGAACCUGAAGCUGAGAAGGAGAAAGAAGAAGAUGAAGGAGAAGCCGAAAAGAGCAGUCCAGAGAAAAAGCUAUUCAAAUGGGAGAAAAAUAAAUAUUUGGAUAGGCAACCAAAAGCAGCAGACCCGUCUCCCUAUGCAAAAGUUCCAUACCCUCAGCGGCUGAAACAAGAGGUCCAGAAACAGCAAUACACCAAAAUUUUGGACAUCUUCAAGAAACUGCAAGUCAACAUUCCUUUCGCAGAAGCCCUGGAAAGUAUGUCGAACUAUGCGAAGUUCAUGAAGGACCUUCUAUCAAAGAAACACAAGUUGAAGGAAUGCGAAACAGUGGCCUUGCUAGAGGACUGCAGUGCAAUCAUCCAGAAGAAACUUCCUCCCAAGCUGAAAGAUCCAGGCAGCUUCAGUAUUCCUAUAGCCAUAGGAAAUAUUGAAGUAGGAAAAUCAUUAUGUGAUUUGUGA